AACCGCUCUUGCACAACACCAUUAAGAACAUGGCUAUUAGCUGGUCGCCAGUCCAGCUGAUGUUUGGUGGAAGAACUCCUGAUCCAUUCGUCACUGCCCCGCCCCCGCAAUAACAGCGAUCUCCGCCGGUGUCCAUCGAUGCCUGGCCAUUCACCGAUCGUCUUCAAUAGACUCUGUCGAUGUUUGAUCGCCCCCUCACCUCAAUUUAUCCGAGCUGGCUCCAUAAUAACCGAGGGCACCUCCGGUGGAUGUAUGGGCUCGAGGAGUCGAUUCGGUCGACUGCGGCAAUUGAAAUACGGAGUUUCUGGAGACCAUUGAGCAAGUACUCCCUUGCUAAGAGCAGAGAUAAGAUCGCUUUAUGUACAGUUCAAUUGGGAUCCUAGUCAUGUCUGGCAUCAAAAUGAAUGCUCUCAUUGCUCCAGCUCUUCUGCUGAUUGCUGGAAGCGGAGUCAAUGGCCUCGGUUUUGAAAUUCCAUCAUCAGCUCCAACAAACUCCAGUGGUCAGCUAGACGCUGCUCCUGUAGGCGUUUCAUUCGAGUUUUUUGCCUUCCCAGAGUACUUCCAGCAACUACCCUUGACAAAUUUUUGUUUGGGACAACUGCACGAUGCAUCGGGAUCUUACUCGCCCGUUCGAAUUGGAGGCACAACGCAAGAUCGCGCGACCUACAAUGCCUCUUUAUCGUCAGCAGUCUCAUACAGCGUUGACUCGCCGGAUGAUGCACCAGAGACACUCACAUUCGGUGACUCAUUCAUGGAAAUAGCUGGUUCUUAUGAAGGAUCAGUGACCAUUGGGCUUAAUAGACGGCUGGACAAUAUCGACAAUACAAUCGCCGCAGCAAAGGUCGCCAAAUCAAAGGUUGCUACUCUUUAUGCUAUUGAGCUCGGAAACGAACCGAACUUCUUCACUUCAAGUGAUCCAAUCGCGGAUGGUAAGUCAUGGACGGCUGCAGCUGAUGCAGCUUCGCAGGUCUUGUGGCAAGCAUCUGUAGGCAGCGCUUUGGACGAAACGUCAUUCGCCCAAGCUGGUGUCUUCUUCGGCGUGGGUACAUUCAAUGUGAGCAAUUUAGCCCAGAAAGAGGAAGAAGCCGAUACCACCCAAUACGUGCGCUCUUUCUGCCACCAUUACUAUCCGCAAUCCGCGUCUACCGCGGACCUAGAUGAAUUGAUGAGCCAUACCGAGAUAGUGGAGGGAGUGUCAGAGUUUCAGAGCCAAGUAGUGGCUGCACAGGAGCUCGACAAAGAUUUUGUCAUGGGAGAAACGAACUCGGCGACCGGUGGAGGUGGUGGUAUUAGCCCUACCUUCGGUGCCGGGCUUUGGAUCCUGGACUACGUCAUGCAAGCCACCAUUCUAGGUGUUAAACAAUUAUUCUUCCACCAAGGAACAAUUGGCAACUGCCCGUAUUGCUGGUGGGACGAAUCGGUGAAUGCGCCAUUCUACGGCGCCUAUACCGCCGCCCUUGCCCUCUCUGGUGCCUCCAAAGUCGCCCAGCUAGACACCGGGAAUAGCCGGUUCGCAGCAUACGCCUUCUACGAUAGCAGUGACCAGCCCGUUCGCGUACUGCUGUACAACUCGGAGUAUUAUACCUCAGGGACACGGAGCAGCGUGAGCGUGACACUGAGUGGCAUUCCCUCGACAUCCACUUCCGUAUCCGCGUUGCGAUUAACUGGAGACGCCACAACAACGACCGUCGGGGAGGGGGCGAUCACCGUCGGAGGACAGACUUUUGCGAACGCGACAUGCGAAUUACAGGGCACAAAGGAUAUGGAGACGACGCAAGCAACAGCAGGACGGGCGACAUUCACUGUCCAGGCAUCCGAGGCGAUGCUUAUUUAUUUGUAAUCUGAAAGGAGCACAAGCAGCGUUAUGCCCGGUCGUAUCAGAUAAGAUUGGAAUGCACGGGACAAACCAAGCUGGGCCUGCUAGGGGUAAUCCCGGGUCUAGCCAGUUCCCUUAAAAACAUAGCCGGAAUUUCCGCUUGGCUCGGCUCAGCCGAGAAAUGACCGGGUCUAACAUUCUGCCAGUCACCUCACCGCCCACUUCAGACCACGCCGA